AUGGCCGAAACCCAUCAGCAUCAUCACUAUCACAAUGACAGCAACUUUACCUCUCACCAUCGUCCUGAUGAAGGGCCGGUCUACAUGGCCUUCGAUGAGGAUGGGUACACCCCGCCCGUCCCGCUGCCACGGUACACCCCUCGGCCGAUGAGCAGUAUCCAAGAAAAGACGCUGGAAGCGCACAUGCGCGAUCCUCCCGUCUCCUCGUCACGCUCCAUCAUCUCGCUGCAUGACGAAAAGAACCCGCGCGACUUUGCCAGCGCGGACGGCGACGAGCUCACCUCGGACGUCUCCUCGGCGAUUUCCUUCCCAAGCAGCUACGGCAACACCUCGACGGCCACAAGGGAGACGCCCCCGCCGCCGUAUUCGCCGCGCAUGUCUCCUGCCCCGUCGAGGUCCAUGUCUAUUUCCUCCUUGAAUCCCCCGCCGCUCCCUCCGCCGCCCCCUCCGCCGCCGCCUAUGGCGCAUAUUGCGCAGCCUCGGCCGGUGUUGCGGCGGGAGUGUUUGCCGCGGGAUCUUGCGGGCCAUAGCCGGGUGAGUUUUGAGAGCCAGCGGCGCUUCUCGUGGGAGAGUAGGUGA